AUGGCUAAUCGAUUGGAAGUGUCAAACCCGUUCACAAGAUACGAAAAUCGCAUGCGUCGUAAUACUAGAAAUAGUAAAUGGGUUGACGCUAAGACUCCACGGCCUAUACCACGCCAACGAGCUGGACCGAAUCACGACGUUCAACAGAUUAAAAAACCUGAAAUUCAGGACAUUCAUGUACCUUUGAAAGUCGCCGUUAUCAAUGAUUACGAACCUGGGCAAAGCCCGGAUGAAUGUAGUUCUCUCAUGAGCAGUGUGCCUCCAGUGAAGGACUCAUCUGUGGAGGCUAUUUCUCCUUUGUCGAACUCUGAUAAUAGGAAACAAGCUCAGUUUGCAUCGAGUUUGUAUGCUGCGGAUUAUACUCACUCACAAGAAACAAGGCAUGGUUCGUACGUACACAUUCCCACUGACACGAAAACCCCUGACCCCAAGCCCAAGAACCCAUGGCAAAAAGGUUCAGCUACUCAACUAGAAGGUAAUGCCAAUCAACAAAUACCGGCCAAGCAAACAAGUGCCCUGCAAAAACGGGGCCAAGAGUCUGACUGGUGGCACAUGGCCAAAGACAUCUACAAGACCGGUCCUCAAGGCGAAGGCCAAAAGGCUUGGAAAGCAUAUCAGCAAGCUCGCAAGAACAAGCCGGUUCAUGCUGAAAGAAGAAAGAAUGAGUUUUCGCCUUCUACAACUCAGACUUCCACGAGCCAAGGAUCAUCACGUAUCCCACUUAACGGACGCUACAUCCAAAGCACCCUACCACGCUUCCCACGAAAAGAACCAGAACCUCCAUUUCCAUCCUACAAACAUCCCUUCGGCCCCGACUCCCCCAUCCACCGCAUCCUCGACAUCAGCAAGGCCCUCCCUCCUGUCCGGCAACUCCACCCACCACCCAAACCCCGUCGCCAAAACAGCUCAUGUGUUUCAAAAAAGUCCCAGCUUGGACACACAUCACACCCUUCGUCCUUGACAGCCUGUAACCCUAGUUCAAAAUCUCCCACUCCUCCCACCAAAGACCCCUGGUGGUGCCCCCGUGCAGACAAGCAAACCGCAAAAGCACAGGCAGCCCUGAAAGCCAAAAUAUCGCGUCCAGGACCCGUUGUACUAUCCGACGACGAGCGUAGCACACACACAUGCACCACCGCCGUCUCAGCUGCUACUGCAUCCUCACAGCUUACAAAGCACACCCACAUCCAAGACUUUGCAUACGCAAAGCCCGCACCACUGAAACGCUCGCGAUCGGGUACCAUGUCCACGAUGCCCCUCCCAACCCCCCAAAGAAGACAAGACACUCCUCCAACCCAUUGGCUCGAACGCUUCGCCCCGACCUCGGCCACGCUUAAUAGAUCCCUUUUGCACCGCCCGCAUGUGCGGCGACGAAACAGCGAUGAGAGUUUUGCGUGUCGCGGCUUGCAAGUACAGACACUGGCGGCGGUGGAGUUGGUGCCUGAGGUGUUGUUCGGGAGGAGUAGGAGUUGA